CGGUAACCAAGCUAGUGACGCCCUUUUGCCGUUGAAGAUCAACAACUAGUCUAUUUUAGAAUACUUUCCCUUCUAAUUUUCAAAACUCAGAGUUCACAACAUCUCAGGAUUUCAUGAAAUGUAUACAGGUUCCAUUCGAAAAUGAUCAAUGCUGGGAAAUUUGGAGAAUAAGUUAAAGAAGAAAUGGAGAAUUCCCAAGGAGAAUUAGAACUCGAUCAUCGGCUCGAGUCGACAGCUAGUGAUGAGGAGUGGGAUACUGAUUUAGAAGCAGACGACAUUGAUCCUGGAAAUGUGUCUGUUGAACAAGCUUACAUCAAAGUAUGUGAAGACUUAAAUGUUCCACCUGUGCACAAAAUUCUAAAYCAAAUAAACACAGAUACAAUUAACCUCAAACACUAUGGUAUUCUGGAUAAAGGUGCCCAGGCACUGGCCACAGCAAUGACCAACAAUGUUACCGURACAACCUUGAAUCUCCAUGACAACGGUAUCACAGGACCAGGAACAAGUGCUUUGGCAAAGAUGCUUUUUCGCAAUUGUUUUGUAGCGACUUUAGACUUGUCAAAUAACCGCAUAGGACRACAAGGCAUUAGAGCAGUGUGUUCGAUGUUAUCAAGAAAUGUUACUUUGACAGAGUUGAAUUUAUCAAAUAACAAACUCAGAGACGAUGAUAUCGCGAAAYUGUGUGAGGCGUUGUCCRACAACAGACAUUUAAAAAAGUUAAAUUUAAGCGACAAUGGCAUCGGUGAUMAGACAGGCACAUCAAUUAGCUUUCUUCUACAAGCUAAUAAAACUCUYGAGUGUCUUGAUUUGAGUUGGAACAGAAUGCUUGGUAAAGGAUCAAUGGAGUUGUGUUCGGGYGCAAAACAAAUACAAAGYUUGAAAGAACUGAAUCUUUCCUGGAAUGGUCUUGCAGACSUCGGUGCCAAAGCAGUGCGAUAUUUACUGGAAUAUAAUAAAAGUCUGGAAAUCCUUGAUGUCACWAAUAACUCCAUAGGAAUUGAUGGCGCAAAGCAAAUUGGUAAAGGMCUCAAAAAGAACCGGUGCCUCAAGUCCCUUMWUGUYGGAAAAAACCCUUUCAURAGCACCGGUGCAAUAAAGCUCCUAAAUGCACUCAUAUCAAACCCAGACAGCGCUAUAGACGAUCUUCAAAUGGAAAACAUAGUCUUCGAUAARACAUGCGAAAAAGCCCUCGAUGAUCUCUUAAAACAAAAGCCCAACUUUUCCUGUAAAUGGGAUGUAAUUGUCCAAGGUGGUCAGGUGAGGUCAUUGGGUGACGAGAUGGACUCGCUUGACAGGUUUAUCCAGUUUGUGCGAAACAGAGGCCUACGAUUGGUUGAUCUUUACCGKGCACUUGCAAGAGGRAAUCUACAGUUACGAGAAGAUGACUUUGUAAAUAAUUUGAAAUACAUGAACAUCCAGAUGAAAGACAGCGAAUUACGAGAACUAUUCGAAACUCUUGACGAAAAUCACGACAAAGUCUUGAGCUUUUCCGAGUUUUCAUCCAUCCUAAACGUAAGGAUUAAACAGAGAGACAGCAGUUUAAAGAAAAAGAGAACUGAAAGGGAAAGAAAAAAAUAGAUUUUAGUUUUGUUUUGUAUUAAACGGUGGGAACGGAAUCAAAUCUAAUAAAGGAAACUACGCUCA